AUGCACCUCAUAAGCUGGGAAACCCUAGCUGGGGACACGGAUCAGAUCAAGAUACGACUCCAACGGGACACGUUUGUUUCUGACUACGCCAUCCUUUCUCACAGAUGGGGCAACCCUGAAGACGAAGUGUCUUACGAAGACAUCUUGGCCGGUGGAUAUGAACACAAAAAGGGUUACGCGAAACUGGUGGGCUGCUGUAAGCAGGCUCGUAGAGAUGGAUUGCGCCAUGUUUGGAUUGACACCUGCUGCAUCAACAAGUCCAGCAGUGCUGAGCUUUCCGAAGCAAUCGCUUCCAUGUUUGCGUACUACGAGCGAGCUAAAGUGUGCUAUGCUUUUCUCGACGACGUGCGAGCGCCGACGCACGUCAUAUUCUUCGACGCAUCAUGGUCUUUCCUAGGACACAAAACCGAUAAGAGGCUUACGGCGACUAUCGAGAGAGUCACCGGUGUUGACUCGAUCGUGCUGAACAUGCCAGCGACGAUCAAGGUGAUGAGCAUUGCCAAGAAGAUGUCGUGGGCAGCUCGGAGGGAGACGACUCGACCGGAGGAUAUGGCCUAUUCCUUGAUGGGAAUCUUUGGCGUGUAUAUGCCACCUCUGUAUGGAGAGGGAACACAUGCCUUUAUCCGCCUCCAGGAAGCCAUCAUGAAAACCUCCAAUGAUCAGACAAUCUUUGCCUGGACUUCUCCGCCCGCUGCUUCUCUCGGCCAUGGGCUGGAACACACCUCAACAAUGUUGGCACUGUCCCCAAGUCAGUUCGAAGAUUCAUCUGAUUUCAAACCGCUAUCUCUUGGGGAGUAUAACAAGUCCCUAGCAGCAGGCGGAUGCAAACUGGACUUCGCAACAACGAAUGCUGGACUGUCAAUCCGUCUGCCCAUUUUCAAGAUUCAGGCAGCUGAAGGACUGUAUGCUGCCUUUCUUGCAUGCACCGACAACAGAAUCAGAGUCCCGUCAGCAAUAUUCCUGAGGGCUAGUGCCGACACACCGCCUGGCCACUUCUGGAGGACAAAUUCCAACAACGGGCCCAUUGAACGUGGUGAUCAGUGGUGGUUUAGUCUCUCUGGCCGACACGAGCUUGCCGCACAGGAUAUCUAUGUCCUGCCAAGAUUCACUUCUGUUUCUGAGCAAAACAUUGAGCCCACAUGGGGCAAGGUCGACAUGGGGCAGAUAAAGGGAACAAUUCUUCAAAGAUUCAACCUUCCUUCGCAACUUGCCCCGACACGAGUCCUGGACCACCUACACCAUGUGCCCGAUCCUGGAAUUGAUCAACUCAAAACCCUACGCCAGGUUCGCCAAAGUGUUGAUACCCAACAGGUCAAUAGACUGAUCGACCUAGCCGAUUUUCGGCUGCGUUUCUCAAUAGCGACAUUGCCGUCACGCAUGGCAUCUUUCCAUGGACGCGAGGACGUCUUGCACGGGCUUAUGGACAUAUUUUUCCCAACUAAAAGGAAUGCUACCAGGUGCCCCGUCAUUUGUACUCUAUCUGGGUUGGAAGGCAUUGGAAAGACGCAAACUGCUGUCGAGUUCAGUCAUCAUUGCGUUGAAAAUCAUGUCUUUGGCACCGUGCUAUGGGUUCAAGCUGACUCGUAUGAAUCAUUGAUGCGGGGAUUUUUGAACAUAGCUCUCAAAUUCGACCUGGCCCAGGUGCAGUCUUCGGACGAUGGAAUCAUCAAGGCCGUGAAACUUUGGCUGUCCGAUCUGGACCAACAUAGAGGACUCUUGGGCGGCAUGGCCCAUUCAGCUAAGUGGUUGCUUGUUUUCGACAACGCCGACGAUUACUCGUUGGUUAUGCCUUUCCUGCCUCUCAAUGGACCCGGUUGCGUGCUGCUCACUACCAGACAUUCUCGUCUCUGGUUCACAACUGGGGCUGAGGAUAUUGCCCUGAAGCCCUUUACGAUCCAAGAGUCAUCUGACAUGCUCAAAAAACGCACAAAAAUGGACGGAGACUUCAGGGUUAUUAGCAAUCACCUUGGUGGGCUCCCACUUGCCCUAGAGCGCGCUGCUGACCGCAUUGUGCGACGUGAGCUUUCUGUUAAGGAACUCACCCAGUCCUUCGACCAAACCAACGAUCGGCCGCCACAUCCUGGCCACCAGUACACCUUAUCCGUGGUCUGGGAAAGGAUGUCGAGUGGCAUCUCUUCUUCGAGCCUCACAGCCUUGCAAAUUAUCUCAUCCCUGGCCUCCGGUUUCACCCGCGACUCAGUCUUGGUUCUGUCUCAGUCUUUCCCGCUGCAAGGCUUCCCCAGAAGGGAGUCAGACCUAAUCCAGUGCCUACAAGAACGGCACAGAAAAGCUGCGAUCACGAGGUCUGCUAUUAGACAUAAACUACAGGCUCACAUGCAUUUUCAGCAAGUUGUCAAAGGCAGAAGGAAGCCUGAUGAAAGACGAGAAGCCCCGGCGGCAGCGUUGAUAUCCUCUUUUUGGGCGAAGAAGACAGGUUUCCAGGACGGGAUUUUUGAGGCUAGUAAAGGAGAUCGGAGUCUGAUCAACGCGAGCCGGUAUCUGAAACAUCAGGCGACUACGCCGCAGAGAAAACGUCCAGAACUGACACUAACAGACACUCUAUAUUUAAGCUAA